GGCAGCGGACGAAACUACCUCUAGUGACUGAAGGGGGAGCGAGGUUCGGUUCGGUAGGAAGACAGACGGCUCUAUUUGGCAGUUGACAGGGGGUGGGGCGCGGACCCAACCAUUUGUGGAUGGAGGGGUGAUUAUACGGUGCCCAGUUUUCUGAGCUGAACCACUGUCUGUACGUAGGGGAAGGGGUGUGUAUAUGUGGGUGAUAGUGUUACGAAUAGUGUGCGUGUGUAAUACUGAUUCAGGUGCUACUGCCGAGUAGGUGGAAGGAAUAGGAAGCAGCACGAAAUAGAGACGGGUGGAGUGUAGAUGGUACCACUGAAUGCUUUCGAGGGGGGAUACCACUGACGAGAUUAGAGGGGUGUCGCUCUGAGUGCAAGAAGGAGGGGCUGGGCAGUACCACUUGGGGAAAAAUAACAGGGAAGUUAAAGACAUGCCACUGACUUAAUAUGGGAUCCAUUGUGAAUGGGUGAGGAAAAAUCCAUGUGGUACAACUGGAGGCCCCAUUGCGGGUGAUACCAGUGCAUUUAGCAGGAGAGGGAGACAGGAGGUACCACUUUGGAGGAUUAAGGGGCAUAAACUUUUAGUGACACCCGUGAGUAGGUGAAAGUGGCAGGUCUCUUGAUGCCACUCAAAGGAAUUCCAGGCAAUACCAACACAUGGAGCAAGUGGUGCCAUUUUGAGCUGUGGCAAGGGGCAUAAUCUUUAAGUAGUAGCAUUAAUAAGUGGGGUGGGUGGGUAUUAAAAGAACAGAAGGCUGGGACUUUUCUUUGGGAGGACAUUGGCAUGAGCAUUUGAGGAGGCAGAAGUUGGUGAGGUCUAGUUGGUAUCAUGCAAAGACUCUGCUGAUAGGCGGCGGAGAUUCUUUCGAAGCCAGGAGUCCAGAAGAUCAUCUCACUGCUAUGGCCUCGAACUGUACUGGGGGCACGGCAGCAGCGAGCGUCGGUGCAGCUUUAGGAACUGCGCUCAGUGCUUCCAAGACCAAGACGAAGAAGAAGCAUUUUGUCUGCCAGAAAGUGAAGCUCUUUCGAGCCUCCGAGCCGCUCCUCAGCGUCCUUAUGUGGGGAGUCAACCACACGAUUAACGAGUUGAGUAAUGUUCCUAUUCCAGUUAUGUUAAUGCCGGAUGACUUUAAGGCCUACAGCAAGAUUAAAGUGGACAAUCACCUUUUCAACAAGGAGAACCUGCCAAGUCGUUUUAAAUUUAAGGAGUACUGCCCACUGGUGUUCCGAAAUCUCCGGGAAAGAUUUGGGAUUGACGAUCAAGAUUAUCAGAAUUCUGUGACACGGAGUGCUCCAGUGUACAGCGAUAGCCACGGCCGGUGCGGGGUCCGUUUCCUCACCACCUAUGACCGGCGGUUUGUCAUCAAGGCGGUGUCGAGUGAAGACGUUGCAGAGAUGCACAACAUACUAAAGAAGUACCACCAAUUCAUUGUGGAAUGUCAUGGGAAUACACUUCUUCCGCAGUUCCUAGGCAUGUACAGGCUUACUGUAGAUGGUGUGGAAACCUACAUGGUGGUAACCAGGAAUGUGUUUAGUCAUCGGCUGACAGUGCAUCGGAAAUAUGAUCUCAAGGGUUCAACUGUAGCAAGGGAAGCCAGUGACAAGGAAAAGGCCAAGGAUCUGCCAACUUUUAAAGACAACGACUUUCUGAACGAAGGCCAAAAGCUCCAUGUUGGAGAGGAGUGCAAAAAGAACUUCUUGGAGAAGUUGAAGCGAGACGUUGAGGUAGAGGGUGCUGAGCUGCUGUUUCUGGCUCAGCUGAAGAUCAUGGAUUACAGUUUGCUGGUAGGGAUUCAUGAUGUGGACCGUGCUGAGCAAGAAGAGAUGGAAGUUGAGGACCGGGCAGAAGAAGAAGAAUGUGAGAAUGAUGGUAUCGGUGGGAACCCCAUUGGUUCUUACGGGACCCCACCUGACAGUCCUGGCAACCUUCUCAACUUCCCCCGGUUUUUUGGGCCUGGGGAAUUUGAUCCAUCAGUGGACGUCUAUGCUAUGAAAAGCCAUGAAAGUGCUCCUAAGAAGGAGGUAUAUUUCAUGGCCAUUAUAGAUAUCCUCACGCCAUAUGACACAAAGAAAAAAGCAGCACACGCUGCCAAAACUGUGAAACACGGGGCUGGAGCAGAGAUUUCCACAGUCAAUCCAGAGCAGUAUUCAAAACGCUUCAAUGAAUUUAUGUCCAAUAUUCUGACAUAGUUGUCUUCCCAUCCUUGGCGAAAAGGUGGAGUGAGAAGACAAAUGGGACGGGGGUGCUGCUUCCAAAGCAACAGGAAUGCACUCCACUCUGCUGGAGUGUGAUGUUCAGUAAAUGUGUAAUAACAGUGUGACCUAGCAGAACACUAACUUCUAGCUGUAGGCCUUCAAAUAUUCUCCUUGACCUGAUGGGAAAAUGGGAUUUUCCCCCUCCCCCUCUUAUUUUGGUUGCUAAAAUAUUCAAACAUAAACCUGAAGAAUUAAGUACUGUUAAGAUCUACACAUCUUUAUCUUUGAAGAGUAUCAUAGUCUCCUGAUGGUCAGAUGCUAAUGUGAAUAUAUAGCAGAAGAUAACUCCAGAAACAGUUCUCCCUGCAACUGAACCAGCGGUCUUCACUCAGAGCAACCCCCUCUCCCUUUGUUGCUUCUUGCUUUAAGAACUGGAUGGGAACAGCAAGCCAUUUGAGGGCAAAACUGUUACAGUGAUGUGCAAAAGCCAUUUUUAGUAGAUUGAAGCAAAAACAUUUUCCUUACCUUGCUUUGGGCUACAUUUCUUUUUUAUUUUUUACACUGAUUGUCAUUUCAAAAGAGAUGAGGAGGGGAAUAUGAUGACAAUUUGGCUGCUUAAUAUGUGAUGCAAAUCAAGGGGGGGAAAGCAGUUACAGAAGAAACUUUACACCUAUCAGUCAGAAUACAAUGAAGGCCCUUGACCAAGAUAACUACUAGAAGAGGGUGUGGCAACAUGAAAUCAUUCUCUGGAUGAGUCACAAAUACAUUUGUCUUGGAACACCUGGGCUAUAUUGCCUCUGUAACAUAACUGAGGUUCUACCAGUGUUAAUCAUGCUUCAGCCAGCCUUUUUUAACUUGAUCUGGUUGCAGAGCCCAUAAGAUGAUGUUUGCCAUAAAAAGGCUACCACUUUUUUAAAACGACGUAUUGUGUUGUGAAUCAGUGUGUUAGAAAUCUGUCUCCCUGGAGUUUUUGGUAGUUUCACAUUGGGAAGAAUCCAAUCCCAGAACUUUGGAAGUAUGUUAUACAUUGAUGAAAACUGACUAUAACCACUAAGACAGAGUGUCUGCUAGAUAGGACAGACCAUUGGAAUGACUUGUGCUAGGUUCAAGAAUUCAAACUGCUCUUGCCCCAUUUGAAUGACAAUUUUUUUCUUACAUCUGCAGACUUUAACCUUGGAUUUCACAGCAACGCUUGUUGAAACUGCCUAAGAUUUUGAAUGCUACGCAUUGAUUCCAUGUUUUCAAUAUUAUGUGUGGGGGAUUGUUUGUGGGUUGGUUUUGUUUUUUAAAGAUGGAUUUAGCAGUUUUUGAACCAUCACCUUGCAAUCAAGACACUUUGCUUACUCUGCCUUGAAACGGUUUCUCACAUAUGCCUUUCCUUUCCUGAAUGUGAUUGUUAGGAUGAUUGUGUCCUGUGCUGUAUAGUAUACUUUUUGCUUUGUGGAUUCUGUCUUGUUGAGAGUGUGGUGAAUGUUUUUUCUCUCCCUGUUUCCCUGUAGUAUAUGCCCCUUGUCCUCAGAUGGGGCACACACACACUUACUUGAGGAGGAAAAAGGUGAUUCUACAACUUCAGUGACACACAAAUGUUUGUAAAACUUGAAAAAUAAUGGAAUAUGUUGUAAAUAAUUUAAGGUUUCUUAAAAGCCUGAAUGGAAACCAUUCAUUAGGAAUAGGAUAAGAGUCCCUUCUCUAGUCACCUUGACUUCAGGACUUUAAUUUCUUGUCAGAAGCCGCUGUCUGCUAUGUUUAAGUGUCCAGCUGACUAUACCAUAAACUGUGUGAAUAUGUGAACAUAUUUUAAAAGUGAGAAUGGGUAUGUUGACAGGUUGUAAAUGUUCUGAAAGCUAGAGCUUUACUUUUCUCUAAAAACAUGCACUUGAAGCCCAUUGCGAAAUAGAACCUACAGACGGCCUUUGGCCUGGUAAGAUUUUUUUUCCACUCUUGCCUCCAUUUCUUUUGUCUUUGGUUAUUAAUUUUUAAGUCAUAACUAGAAAUGGGCAAACAUCCACAUCAGAACUUUCUUUCGAGGCAAGCAUUCGCAUCAGACCUUUCUAACACUGACGACAAAUACCCGCCAAAGUUUAUCCUUUUCAAAGUGUGGCACCGCACAGCUGAAAAGACCCUGGGAAAAAAAUCAAUUUCCCGCAUAUAAGAAGAGUCCUGCUGGAUAAGAUCAAAAAGCCCAUCUAGUUCAGCUUCAUGUUUCUCACAGUGGCCAACCAAUUGCCUCUGGGAAGCCCAGAAGCAGAAUCUGAGCACAAUAGCCCUCCCCUCCUGGUAUGCCUAGCAACUGGUAUUCAGAGGCAGGCUGCCUCUGAUACUGGAGGUAGUAUAUUGCCAUUGUGACUAGUGUAGUCCAACAAACUCAACCAGUGUAUCGAAACAGGUUCCCAUGUGCAUGGAACUGCCAUACCAGGCAUUCAAAGCACUAGCAUCAAGCUCUUGCCUUCAAUGGUUCUGUGGCUUUGGCCCACCCUGUCGUUCUGCCCUUUCCUCCUGCCCCCCGCCCUUCACUUUUCCAUCCUCACCCACCUGAAAAUCUCGUGCUCCCUUAAACAUCGCCAUUCAUUCUGGUCCCAUUUACUGCCCUUUUGUAUGCAGCUCCCUCCAGUACUUCUCUGACACCACCUCUCUCUGCCUCCCUUCCAGUUGCUCUUCAAAACCCAGCUCUUCCAGGAUGCUUUUGGCUUACCCCCUUCAUCCUCAUCCCCUUCAUCCUCAUCCGCAGCCAAACUAAAAUCCAAGUAAUUCGUAGCCACUUCAAUUCCUCAUUAGCCUGGAUUUUCCCUCUCCUUCUGGUCAAACGUUUGACUAUAAGCCACCCCCCCCCGGGGGGAGAGCAGAGGUUAGUAUUUCUUUUUCCUGUAAAGUCCAUGAACAGUCAUGUUGCUGUUUAAAAUGAGUGUGCUGCUGCAAUUGGGGGUGGGGAGGCAGCCAGUUACCCCGUAAAGCACUCUUAACUGUACAAGGUACUCCAUUGGGGUCCUUACUGUGGCAGCCCAUAUGCACCGCUCAGCUACAGGCAAGGCAUUGUGAGCUGUUUAUUGGACCCAACCCACAAGGACUGGGGCCCAGCAACACAUCUGAGUGAAAGCUGACCCACCUAAGUAUGAGAUGUCCUAAGCCCAGAGCUUUCCAUGAGGAGGCAUGAAAAGGUGCUAGGUGUUUUUUCAAGUUCCUCCACUCUGUACCUCUUGCUAAUCCCCUUGUUCAUGCUCUGCAGACCUCUUUUGCCUCUUGCUUUACCACAUCUCAGGAUGAUUCAGAACACUUCUCCUAAAUUCAUGUACUGCUCCCACAGCUAUGAGGCCCCCCCUAGUUGAUUUUGGUUUCCUACUGUUUCCUGCCAUCAGGGUUCAAGUCCUUAUUGUGAAAAUGUUGCCUGGAUGAUACACUUGCCCUCCUUUCCAUCAGUACAUCCUGUUUCCUCCCACUCUCAUAGCUGUGCCUUCUGCUAUGCUGCUCUUUUGGUCCAUUUCACUCCCCUCUGUCUCCUCUGCAAGUCCCAUUCAGCAAAGCUGCUCCCGAGUAACUCUUGCUCCAUUUUAUCUCAUUGUCCCCCUACCCUGCCUCAAGCAUACAGUCUCUGAACUCUGCCCAAACCACUGAAUGCAGAGGACAAUCUGCUUAGGGUCUGCAACACACCUGUGUAUCACUCCAGGUUGUAAUGGGGUUAAUACAGAACUUUUCUGGAUAGUUAUUGGACUUAAGAGGACAGUUGUGUGGCUGGUCUAUCGUCUCUUCCCUCUGUCCUCCUCAUGUUGGCUUUGAUUGACAGCUUACUUUUCUGUUCCCCAAGAAAGGAAGCAUGCUGAAGGUUCAUUUACCGCUCUUUCCAUUUCCUUAGAAUUGUCUCCCCACAAACCUGGGUUGGGUGCCUGUUAUUUAGGAGAGCCAUUGUGAGACAGAGAUCUUGAAAACAUAUGAGUGAAGCCAGGUUAGGAAGCUUGAGAGCUUCAAGAUCCUGUGCUGUUUCUCCCCCAACUCUGGCCCUAGAAAUUUGCCCACUGCCAAUCUUCUUUUAUCCCUCUUGUUCCUAUCAAACCUUUCCAAAUUCUCUGAGAUAUAUUAUGUGAAAUGAGCAGAAAUCUGAACAUUUGGUUUUAAAAUUGCAGAAUAUUUAUUGUUAAUGGCAGAAUUUGAGUUCCAUGGUAAAGAUUUAGGAUUUUUCCCCUCCUAUGGAGUAUUAGAUGAACCUGGCAAUUCAGUAAGAAUGACUUAUGUGCUAACAGUAUUCUAAUUGAGGCAGUUGUUUGCCAGUGGUGCUAUGGAAAUGGGGGAGCAAGUGACCCUCCCAUCAGAGUAUUAUUGGCAGCAAUGACCACUACAGAUAGAAUUGCAGCUACUGAUUAGUCUUUAUUUUUCCCCUAAAGUUUCUCUCUUUUGCCACCAUCAAGAAUCUUUUGCCCUUCCCCUGGUUUUGGGUGAUCCCAGAAUUUUUCCCCUAGUGCAAUAAUUAAAAUUGUCUGCAACCAUUUAGCUGUAAGAGAGCUGGUGCAGUUGGGUAUUAAAGUUUUGGUGUGUGACCUAAGGUGAUAGCACUGGCAAUGCAAUUUUGCUUCCAUCUCAAUGGCAGUUAGAUUUUAUCCAGAGUCUAUUUUGAAACUCUUGCAUUUGCCUUGCUGUCCUUUUCUAAGUGUAAAUUAUUCCCUCGCCAUUUCUGUGAAGGGCAUAGCUUGUCUGCACAAGCAGUUUACUGCUGGCUUUUUCUUGGACUUUGCUGCUAGACAUGGCUGUUGCAGUUGAGCAUUAGAUUACCACGGGAAGAAUUAGUACUAGUUUAUAGCCAUUUCCCCCUCACCCGAAAUUGCUUAAGAGAAAGAAGUGCGGGUAAGUGUGAUGUGGACAGCAACAACAUCCAUACCCCCUUUUCAUAAAGCAGCAUCCUCCAUAAUAAAUCCAUGCAAGGGAAUGUAAAAAGCCACCAUGUCUCUUCUGGGUGCGGGAGCUCAUGUAAGAGCCACCCUUUUAAUCACACACACGCAAGCACCACAGAAGCAAAGUAUUUUCCUGCUGUUGAAAGCACCUCGUAGUUCUGUCUUAAAAAACCAUGUGACAUGUGAAAGCUUAAUUGUGCUAGUUUGAACUAUCUUUGUGCAUCUGUGUUAGUUCUGUUCCAGUGAACAAACGUGCUCUCAGAUGUACAUUCUCACGUCUAGCCAACGAGUACAUGCCAUUUCUUUAUGGUGUCAGCUUUCUCCCUUGCUUCCUGGCUAUGUCCUUUAUGGUGACGCCAAAACCUCGAUCCUAAAGGAUUAGACAAAUCUGUUAAGGAAUCUCAGUUACUGCUAGCUAAAUGGUCCUCACAGUUUAAACCUGCAUGCUUUGCCCAUCACAAUAUGCUUGGGAAAAGAAAGUCUUGACAAGAGCAUGUUUCUGUGCAGAGUGUUUUUUGGUAGCCAUUAUAAACAUGCAUCCUACACCCUGUAUUGCUACUUUUUAGAAGUUUUGUAGAGCUGACUAUAUCCAGGCACUUAGCAUGGAAUUCCCUGCACUAGAAAAAGAUACAGGUGAGGGCUUUCUAAGGGCCAAACUAGGCAUGUAUGUUUAAUCAUAUCUGCCUUGUUCAUGUGUAAAGCAGAAGCUGGGGGGGGGGUGAGAACCUAAUUUGAUAAUAGAGAAGGUCAUGGGUGGGAGAGCUGAACCCUCCACCACCUUACCACUCUCUGCUCAAUUGUUUCAGACACUUUUUGUGCAGCCCAUCAAUUUAAUGAUAUCAGAGCCAGCCUGAAGAAAGUUCUUUUUGGGACCCCUUAUUCUCAUGCUCCUGUUGUUAAAAUCACCCACACACACACUCUAUGUGAGUGGGCCAUACAUGUGAUUAAACCAACAAGCUGCUAUCCAGUUUCACUUGGGCCUAAGAAUGAGAAUCAUGAUGUGAGUCGGUGCAAUGUUAUCACAGGUAAUUUAAAAGUUAAUAUGAAUUGUAAAAGUUCCUAUGUUACUUAGCCAGGGUGAAGGAAUUCUGAUCCAGUUCUGUUGAGCUACAUUUUCAAAAAAUUAGUACCUUCUGUUUUCACCAAUCACCUCCUACUUUUAUGCCUCUGCAGGAUAUGCAAUGGGUUCAAAGGUGUUUUAAAUGUGUAUCACAAAAGUUUCAAGUAGGGAUGUAGCUGUUGACAAAAAAAUGUAAACAAAAAACUUAAGAAAAAAGCACCUGGUUCAAUUUCCACAACUUUUUUUUUUAAAAGAAAAAAGGAAUUAAAAGUCCAAUGUGCUUAUCUGUUUGCUAGAAGUAUGAGACACUUAAGUGUUUUGAAAUGCAUGCAUGUUAACAAGGUGAAGUCUCCCAGCUGGGGCGAACAAAAUAAAAUCAAAACUUUGUGUA